AUCUCCUCCCGCCCGCGCCUCGCUCCCAAAUCGCUCGUCGCUUCCUUUAUCCGGCCUUCCGUAUAUCGCUGCUGCGCAAGGUCUGUCUCCCUCCUCACCCCUCCCACGCCUCUUCUCAUCCACCGACGGCCACCUCAGCCCCGAUAUUGCCCUACACGCCCCGCCAUGGCCACCGAUGGCACCGCGGCCCCCGUCGACAACCCCCAUCUCCAUAACCCGACCCCCAUCGACCAGCCCGCGCUGCAGUGGGAUGGCGACAGAAUGUUCAACAUAUACAUCUACGACUACUGUAUCAAGCGUGGCUUUCGCAGGACCGCUUCAGAGCUCCAGCAGGAGGCCUCUAUCCCCGCGACAGCCCAGCCGCCGAUCAAUGCGAAGCAGGGCCUGCUCUUCGAGUGGUGGAGUGUCUUCUGGGUACUGUUUACGGCCAAGAGCAACGGCGCGGGCCCAGAGGAGGCGCUGUUGUACACUCAGCACCAACAGCAGGUGCAAGCCGCCGCACAGAAACCGCAAGCACGUCCUGGACAGCCCGGGGCAGCACACCCCGUACGCUUCCCAAAUGGCGUGCAGCGACCGCCAAACCCGACUGUGGCUCCGCCAAACGGCAUCGUCGCCCCCUCAGGUCAGCAGCCCGGUCCUCUGCCGAAUGGCACUCAGAACGCGGUUCCCUUUCCCGCCAAUGGCCCCCAACCGAAUGGUGUUCCCGGGUCCUCGGGUGGCCCUGCUCCCCCACAAGGACCAACUAUGCCUCAAGCUCCGCCGCCCAACCAGCGCACGGGGCCUCCUCAGCAACGUCUGAACGGCGGCCCCUUCCAGUCUCCACAGAUGGCUCAUUCACCCCCAAACACCCAACCUGGAGGACCUCCGCCGCACAACCCGAUGGCUCCCGUCGGACAGAACCAGCCGCUCACACAGAUGCGUGGAACAAUGCACCCUCCGAACGGGCCUCCGGGCCCUCAGCAAACACCCCAGCCAGGAUAUCAAGCAUUCGUUGGUCGAUCGCCGAACAAUCCAGGAUCGCCUGCAGUGCAUCAGAGUCCGUCGAUGGCCCAUCGACAGGUACCCGGCAUGGCAGGGCUGCAACCCAUGUCGCCGGAGAUGCUAACACAAGAACUCAAUCGGAUACCCCCGCCCAGUCUUCACAAGCUCAGGCAGGAUCUCGGGAUGGGCGAUAAAGAUAUUACUGCGAUGACGACGGAGGAGAAGCAAGCACUUGUGUCGCAGUUCCGUCGAGGGGGCAACAUGAAACCGCCGAAUGCUCCAGGUCCGAGCAAUGUGCCACCGGGCCAUCCAGGACCUGGCCCGAUGCAACCCCCAUCUGGACUACGGGCCAUGUCCCAUCCACAGAAUGGUCAGCAGUCUGGGCAGCAGCCAUUGCAACCGUCACAAGGGCAGAAUCAGCAGCAGCGGGGCGCGAAGAGGAACAGCACAUCUCCCGGACAAGAGGCCGAACAGCUUCCGAGUGCACGGAACGAGUCUUCGCCUCGGGAGAACAAGCGUGUACGCCGAUCACCAGCGGAAGGACAUGCGCAACCGCCGAUGACGCCGAUGUAUCCCCCUCAGCACCCACCUCAACAGCCCGGGCCACCAGGACAACCCAUGCAGCUACCUAACGGUAUGAUGCAGCGCCCGGCACAGAUGCAAGGGAUGCAGUACAACGGGCCUCCGAUGGCGGGCAUGAACAACCCCAUGUUGGGCCAUGGUUUGGGGACGCCGCAAAUGAGCCCGAUGCAGACCCCGAUGAAUCCACCGAUGAUGCAGCCCGGACAAUCGGGAAUGGUGAAUCCCGCGAUGCAUCAGUACCGACAACAGAUGCAGAACAUUCACAAGCCUCCAAACAUGCCACAGCAUAUGAUGCCUAGUAAUGCUGCGUCGCCGGCUGCAGACGGCCAAGGCGGCCAGCCUGGCAAUCGGAUGGCGCAAGGCAAGCCGAUGGGCAUGAUGCCUCCUCCCCCUCCUUCACCGGCGAUGGCGGCGAAGAACCCACCCGGUGGCUCGAAGCAAGAGGAUGGCGCACCACAGAACGGCCGCGUCGACUCGUCGCCACAGAAUGCCGCUGCGGGCGUGCCUGGGCAGAACCACUCCGGGGUCCCGCCCCAAACGACGACGCCCGCCCCGCCCACGCCGAACGCAUCAGGGUCCGGGCAGAUGACUGCGCCGUCGCCCUCGCAGAUCCUUAGCUCGUCGACGCCGCAGAUGUCGAGCCACCCCCCACCGCAGAUGUCGAACCAUCAUCCCCCACCGCCGCCACCACCGGCAACGAACCCAGCGGACGCACUAGACCCAAGCGCGUUCAACGUCGACUUCCCCUUCGGGGACUUCGACGUGACGGGAGGUCUUAUGGGUGAUUCUAGCUUGAACUUCGAGCGCGACUUCGCGGCGUGGUUCGACCCCGAGAACGCGGCGUGAGUGCGCGCGCGGUGCGGGGUGGCGGAGUCAAUGUAAGAGAAGCGCCGGCCUUGUGGCGUUGCUGCGGUAGCUUGGUGGCGUCGCAAUGGGCGUUUAAGGUGCUACGCGUGCAAGAUCUGGAACCAUCAUACGGAAUUCGGAGGACUGUUGUUGCUUCUGCUGCUACUUACUUGCUGUGGAUCUUUCCUUCUCACCUUACACUUUUGCGCACCGUUUGGUCUGUUCGAGUCGGCGCGCGUUGCAUACCUUCUCAUCUUUGCCUUCCCUGGUUGUCGCUCGUCUCGCUUGACUUCUGCCUGCAACUCUCCUGCCCUCUUCCCCCACUCCCCCUAUCCCCCUCUGCUACCCCGGAUCCUGGAUGACCGUAUUUAUGACAAAAAGCACAGCCCAGCUGUUGCCGCGCCCAUGCGGAUGCGCCCAUCCAGCCCAGCCAUGCACGUCGUUCCAGUCUUGUUCCUGCUACGUUAUUUGCUGUAGAGUGCCCGUGCGCGUCCCCCUCCGCGAUGUCCCUCUCCCCUGUCUGGUUUGUCUCCGUUCGUAUUCUCUACGCACGUAUACAAGGCCUGCCUCCCGCUUGCCCUCCAUGUACUGUGCGCGUCGACGAUGCGGUGGGGGUGUUCUGCCGUACGGGGCAUCGGGUCUAUACAUACAUUCGUAGUCGUAGUGCGUGAUGGGAUCCCGUCGACCUCCGUCCCUACCCCAUGUCUGUUGUCGAGCUGUUGUUUUCCUUACCGUACGCCGUGCGCUCUGUUGUCCUGGGUGAUCUCUUCUUCACUGUUCGUGUCCCC